UAGAAAACAAAGCUAUCUGCGCGGCUCCCAUUAGGCUCCAGCCAAGUGAACAGACCGCGGCUCCGUCUGCAUGUAGACCGAAAACAACAGCCCCCAAAAAAUGGAUUUACAGCUGGUCUAAGGGCCGACGACACGGAGGCCUGUUUUAGAAGGGAGUGAAGACGGCAGGCAGUCGCGGAACUGGCAAAAAUAUACAUAUUUUUUCUCCCUUCGGAGUGCUUUGUCUUGGCCAGCUUAGCAAAAGCCAUCGUUGUCAUUUUCUAUUGCAAAGCUAUCCAGCUAGUGUCUGCUAGCUGAUCAGCCACGGAGGGAAAGCAAACAGCGAAAAACCUUCGCCAUGUCGCUAUCAGACGGGGUUUAUUGAAGAGGGAGAAGGCAGAAGCUGUGGAGGAAAUACAAUUUUUCGCCGUUUUUCGCUUCAGGGAAACCCAUUGACUGUUUGUCCUCGGCGACAUGGCGGAGCAGAGCUACUCCUGGGCAUACUCCCUUGUUGACUCCAGCCAGGUGUCUACCUUCCUCAUCUCCAUCCUACUUAUUGUCUAUGGCAGCUUCAGAUCGUUAAACAUGGACUGUGAGAACCAGGACAAAGACAAGGAUGGCAAUCCCACCACCACCAGCUCCUUCAACAACAGCAACUCCAACAACAGUAUUCAGACCAUAGACUCCACGCAGGCUCUCUUCCUCCCUAUUGGAGCCUCCGUCUCUCUCCUCGUCAUGUUCUUCUUUUUUGACUCUGUCCAGGUGGUCUUCACCAUCUGCACUGCGGUUCUGGCAACCAUAGCAUUUGCAUUCCUACUCUUGCCAAUGUGCCAGUAUCUUACCAGGCCCUGCUCUCCACAGAACAAAAUUUCAUUUGGAUGCUGUGGGCGCUUCACUCUGGCGGAGCUUCUCUCUUUCUCUCUCUCAGUGAUGCUCGUCCUCAUCUGGGUGCUCACAGGACACUGGCUGCUCAUGGACGCUCUGGCUAUGGGUCUGUGUGUGGCUAUGAUAGCCUUCGUGCGUCUGCCAAGUCUGAAGGUUUCCUGCCUGCUGCUCUCUGGCCUGCUCAUCUACGAUGUCUUCUGGGUCUUCUUCUCAGCCUACAUUUUCAACAGUAAUGUCAUGGUCAAAGUGGCCACACAGCCAGCCGAUAACCCGCUCGAUGUUCUCUCCCGUAAGCUGCACCUCGGUGCUGGAAUGGGCCGGGACGUGCCCCGCCUCUCUCUGCCUGGUAAAUUGGUGUUCCCCAGUUCCACAGGCAGUCACUUCUCCAUGUUGGGCAUCGGGGACAUCGUCAUGCCCGGCCUGCUGCUCUGCUUUGUGCUCCGCUAUGAUAACUAUAAGAAGCAGGCCAGUGGGGAGGCACCUGGACCGGCUAACAUGUCUGGCCGUAUGCAGAGAGUUUCUUACUUCCACUGCACCCUCAUUGGAUAUUUUGUGGGUCUGCUGACUGCAACUGUGGCCUCUCGGAUUCACCGUGCGGCUCAGCCAGCUCUGCUCUAUCUGGUGCCCUUUACCCUGUUGCCUCUGCUCACAAUGGCCUAUCUUAAGGGGGACCUGCGGCGCAUGUGGUCCGAGCCCUUUCACGCCAAGUCCAGCAGUUCCCGAUUCCUAGAAGUAUGAUGCCCCCCAUCCUGCCUCACUACAGGUCAGCAAACAGGCAGCCUCCUGCUCACCCCACCCCAGAGAAAGAAAGAGAGAGAGAGCAUGGAAGAGAGUAGCCACACCUUCUUCUCAUCAUCUUUUCUGACGUUCAGAUAAAGAGCUCAUGGACUUCACUGCCAGAUGGAUUCUACUUUUUCACUUUAUUUUCCAUUCAUUUUCUCUGUCAGAUUUUCCAUUUACUGUACUCUUGUCUGCUGUUACAUCACUCUUCUCUACCUCCUAUUUCUUUACUCAUUCCGUUUAAUUCUGUGUUUCCUCUGUCUCUCCUCUCUCUCUCAUGCUCUCUCUUUCUCUCUCAUAUUUUCCUCCAUUUGUCCCUGUUGGACUGAAAGGCCACUUCUUACUGGACGUGUUUAUGGGACACAACUGGUGCUCUUUGAGCCCUGGGUGAUUUUGUUUUUUCUUUUCUUUUUUUUCUUCCCUUCUCCCCAUUUGGCAUCAUUAUGGAUCUAUGGACUGCAAGAAUUAUGUUGGUGUGUUCAUUUUUUUUCUUGAACCAUGGACAAGAAUGCUGAGAAAUCUCUCAGCUCAGAACAGUGAUGACCCCAAUAGGGACCAGCACAUAAGGCCACAGACGCUCCUUCACUUUUUCUCCCCUUCCUCUUUUUCCUAUAAUGUCCCUCCAUCCACUGCCCCCCUGGGCACCCCCCCAUUUAAAAAAAAAAACAAAAAAAAACAAACAAACAAAAAAAAACAGAAGAGAGAAAAAAAAAAAAAACACCCCCUCCCCUUACCAGGAUUCCUCCUCUUUGCAGAUACAUGUAUUUUAUUUAGAAAGAUUUUAUUCUUGGCAUAUACAGAAAUGAUACGUUAUAAAAUUUGAGUGUGCUCUUGCCUUUUGGGUGGGCGGCACAUAGCUCUAUGUAUAUAUGUGUACACAUGUAUUAGGGUUAUCAUGUUGGGUGCAAGUGUGCAAGUGUGCGUGAACAGUUUUGAAAUGUGUGUGAACGAGUGGUUUCUUUUUUGUGGAAGAAUUGUUGGUUUUUUUUUUUUUUCUCCCCUCGCUCUUUGUUUUUAGAUGCGAUUGUAGUCGAGUGGAAUGUUUUCAUGUGGCCAGCAGGGGUUGAUAGGAAUGCAGUUUUCUUUUUUCCCCCCUCUUACUCGGGUUUGUACGAGCUCAAAGCUUUUUUCAGUCGCUCUGAAAGUCAGUCGCACUUUUAUUCUGGCCUUUAGUGCACUUUCCCUUCUACAAGGCACAGCUUACUAACAGGAAAGAAAUGAAUAGUGGCACACUUUCGGAGCCAGCAUAGAGACAGGGACUUUGGUCCUGAAGAAAAAGUGUGCGUGAGUCGUGAAUGUGCGUGUGUACUUUAUUGUAUGGCAUUACAUCUGUUAAAUGUUUUUGGACCAUUCACAAGGUUUUUAUAGAUGCUUAAAGCAAAUCUCUAACCUAAUCUCUAUCUGUUGACUAUUAAAAUAAGAUCCAGUGGGCACUUUAUGCUGCAGCUGCCCAUUUGCAAACAAAAUUGAAUCAAUUUGGAGCACCAACCAGUUAAAUUACGAAAUUGUCAUCAGAAUAAUAUUAAUCAUAUAUACACAUUUCGCAUACAGUUAAGUCGCUCAGUACUGAAAGCCAGUCAUUGUACAUUGAAAAAGGAAAUAAUUAGAAAUUUUACACCAAGGAAAAUAUUGCUGUUCCUUCCUGUCAAGCCGUUUUGCUGUGACAUCGUCCACUCUGUUAUGUCAUUAGGUGCUGUUCGGCUCCUGCAGUAAGAGCCUCUCAGAGCAGUGGCAUCUUAUUUAAGGCCUUAUUUUGCAGAGUAAUAUUAGCAAACUUCAGCCAGUGGAACAGCACAGACACCACAUCACGUUAGCUAUCGCAGUUAGCAAAUUCUGACAAAAUCUGACUGUUGAAAUUACUUCUGACCAAAUACACUCUUGAUGCUGGUUUAAAGGUUCUUUAGCAAAGGAAAUGGUUCUGUAUAGAACCAUGAACACUCAAAGAACUCUCUGCAUGAUUAAAGGAUUCUUUGCAUCACGAAAAUGUUCUUCAGAUUGAUGCAGAAUGUGCUGUAGAUGGUUCUGUAUAGAACUUAUUGAAAAGGGUUCUAUAUAGCAUCCAAAAAGGUUUCUUCCAUUGGCAAUGGCAGAACCCUUUUGAUACUAUAUUAGGGUUGUACAGUUAGGAUUACUAAAUAGUGUCAAAUCAAAUAUGAAGUAGUCCCUUACUUCCAAGCGUGUAACAAAAAAAGAACACUUGGUGCUCUAUAGAACCCUUUUCAGCCUGCAAGGAGUUCUUUGAGCGUUCAUGAUUUAUAAUACAACCUUUUUUAUUUAUUUAUUUUUUUGCUACAGAGCCCUUGAACUAUUUUUUUACAAGUGUAGCUGCUUUAGUAAGUUUCACAUCCCUCCUUUAAAACAAUCUAGUGUACUUUCUUUACGAACUAACCAGCCGUAUCAAGUAGUUUGCCUCUCAUUAAACAUAAUGUUUGUUGUGUAGCCUCUCGGCUCCGUCCCUCAGACUGGAGUUUUCUACAACGAAGGGCUUGUUAUUUAAAGCCGUGGAGAACGUGACUACUUUUUAGUAGGGUUUACUUUUGCACAGUGCUGUGCCUGCAGUUAAUAACUGGACUAAACUACAUUUCUGAUAAAGACACACACCUGAAACAACUCGUCAACAUCUCUUCAUAAUUUUAUCCGUUCUUUUCUAAAGCGGCCUUCGAGCAUUAGUCUCAGCUGUACUUUCAGUGAUUACUGUGGAGGUCUGUGGUUUUUAAAAGAGUAAAAAGCCACAGUGUCUGUAGUUGUUAGUUUUUCUGGUGUGUCAUUAUUCUGGAGCAAAUUACUUUGUUUCCUUUUUUGUGACAUGAACACCAGACCAACUGCUAAAAUGGAGGUAGUUUGACCCAGUUAAUCCUUAAGUUAAUGAAGUGGGAGUUAAUCCCUCACUGAAAUGAGAAGCUGUGUCAUUUUCUCGUCCAUUGUUUGGAAGCCAAUACCUGUCUCAUAACAGUGAUGUUAACGUCCACCCAAUGGCGUUUCAGUCCGGACUCCUUGGAGUACCUCGACGAAAUUACACAGAUUUUUCAUAUAAAAUAGACGGUCAAAUCACACAGAUGACAAUAGUGGAACUAAUCCAACUCGAGUAGGGCUUCAUGAAAACCUGUUGAAAUGUUUGUCCACAGUCGUCAAUCAUUUGCUACAGGUGCGGCAGAUAGAGAUUAGAAAAAUGUUGGAGUUUUCCUUUAAGAGCAGGUUUCUGGACCCCAGUGAUGUAAAUGUGCUUUGUUUAAUUUGUCCAUUUUUCUCUCAGUUUACUGUUUUCUUGCCAGUCGUUCUUCCCAGACUGUUGCAUCCAUAGCUAUUAAAAGAGACUGGAAAAAAAAAAAGGUGAGUGUGUGUGAGAGAGAAUGCGGUUUGCAGAUUUGGUUAUCUGAAGUCCUUUUUUAUUUUUUAUUUUUAACCCUGUUGUUACUGUUCUUUUUUAUUCUGUGAGUUGUCUGGCCUUGCAUGUGAAGUGUAUAGUGUGUUAUUCUUCACACUGAGUUUCCGGGGCAACCACAGCAAGCAGCGUGACAACUCUGGAACACCGGUGACGCAGACGCAGGGUCGAAAGAACGAAUGGUCGCACAAAUGAAACACAAAAUAAAUAAACAGACAAAGAAAAGCAAACGAGAGGACAUGAGGGUCAGAAAGAAUCAGGACUGUUCGGCCCCGGCUCUCGCACAAAGGCGCAAGGACCUGAACACAGCCGGAGAAACGCCGCCUCAGCGUUCGGCCUGGCUGUGCUCGUCCGGCUGCAGGACACUAGACAGCCCGGAGCAUUACGGACAUCGGUUUGCCCACAGUUCCCUCCCAUCGUCCCCCGCCAGCCACCCUAACGGACAUAACGAGAAAAGAAUAAAAAAGAAGUCGAGGAUUACUGUAAUUUCAUUAAAAAUAAAAUUCUUUUUUAUGGCAGA